AUGUCCUGCCCAACCUCCCCCCUAGACAAAUCUCUCCCGCCGCUCCCUCCCAAGAACCUUCUCAGAGCUCUCCCACCAAUUCCUCCCAGAAACCCUCUCAAGCUUCUUCCCAUCCGUCCCAGAAGCCCCUUUACAACUCCUCCUCCCUUUUGGCCUCUGCCCGCAACACCCACAACAACCCCAAUCCCUGCCAGUGAUCCCAGAAGACUUUCUCAAGCGUCAACUCUCCAGGAUCUCACUCAGCCGAGAGACUCUUCUCGUCGUGACUCAUUCACUCUUCCGCCCACAACUGCCCUCUCACAAAAUAGCGGCCUCACCAAUCCCAAUCUCGACCUCAAUAAUCUGCACCUCCUCACCCAAGAAGGCUUCUAUCACGUCAAACUCUACCCCGCUGUUGGCUCUUCCCCUUCUCAAAUACAAUAUUGGCUCCGCGCAGAGGACGUUCUGGUAGGUCUUCCGGGAAAGGACCGUGUUCCUGCGGGACAUUGGUCGAAACUUGUGCAGCUCGCGCAAGAGACAAGCAUUGGGCAGAGAAGUGGUCAAGAGUCAGAGCGAAAGAGCGCAGAGGUCCAAGAGGUGAGUCUUUUAACCGCGUUGUAUACUCCUGGGCAAGAAGAGGGCACGGUGAUGGACGUCGUGGACACGAAAGAAUAA